CUGAACUCGCAAACAAGGCCUUCGUGAAGGGAAAGCUUUUUGUCCCAAAAUCCUUACUUGAGUUAAUUGAAUCGUUGAAAAACCACAAGCCCUUUUGGGCUGGUCUACAAAUCCCUUCCAAGUAUUAACAUUUAUCAAGGGAGAAAUCAAAAUGCUGAGAUUUGGAAGAGUUCUUUUUAAAGAAGCAGGAACUGGGAUUAGCAAGACUCUGUCAGAAAUACUUGUAUGCCCACUUUCCAAACAACCAUUAAGAGUAUGUGAAAAAACGAACUCUUUGAUCAGUGACUCAAUCGGUGUUUCUUAUCCGGUAGUGGAUGGAAUUCCUCGUCUUGUACCAAGCAAUGGCAAAAUUAUUGACGAUGAGGAAGCCUCGAAUAGCAAUUCUGCAGUUGAUCCGGACGCUGUGAAAAAUGACCAUCAAAGAUGUAGUUCGUAGGAUUGUGAAGUGAGGAAGGAUAGGAGGUAUUGACCGUGAAAUAUGUAGAUGUGAUGGAAAAGUAUGCAAGAGAAACAAAUUUUAGCCGAAUUGCAUUCUUAUUUUUUUGAUAUCCAGCCUCAUAUCCAAUAUUUCGUUGGAUUUUAUUACUCAAUUGUAGUUGCGCAGGCUUUCCUAGUUCAUUCAGGUUGAAUUUUGUUCUUGAAUAUUACAGAGCUUUGUGACUUCAUAAGAAACUAUGUACUCUGGCAUCUACUGUUUUCUUGGUUAAAAGCAUGGAAUAAUUGUUGUAUGUUGAA